CAAUCAGAGCGCGGUUUAUUGGGAGCCGAGGCCUACCCGGUAGCGGAGAGUGACAUUGUGGCGGGUUGAAGGGCUCCGCCGGCGGCAGCCAGGAUGGCGGGGUCUCUGUGGCGGAUGGGCGGCGGGUUGCGCUUGGCCGCCCGGGUCUUACGUGCCCAAAGCGGUUCUGGCGCGACUACGGGAGUCCGGCGGUAAGCGGGGGGGGGGGGGGAGUGCCGGGCGUGCCAGGGGGCGGGGCGAAUUAUGCAAAGCAGUGGAACGGAGAGAUGGAAUUCCUUCUGGAGCUACAUGACACAACCCCGCAUGGUAGGCUCGUCGCAACAUAGGGUCGCCCCAAUAAUACGUGCAGCCCAGUUCUAAACAAACAUUACAUGUUGUUGUUUAGUCAUGUCCGACUCUUCGUGACCCCAUGGACCAGAGCACGCCAGGCACUCCUGUCUUCCACUGCCUCCUGCAGUUUGGUCAGUCUCAUGCUGGUAGGUUCGAGAACACUAUCCAACCAUCUCGUCCUCUGUCGUCCCCUUCUCCUUGUGCCCUCCAUCUUUCCCAACAUCAGGGUCUUUUCCAGGGAGUCUUCUCUUCUCAUGAGGUGGCCAGAGUAUUGGAGCCUAAGCUUCACGAUUUGUCCUUCCACUGAGCACUCAGGACUGAUUUCCUUCAGAAUGGAUAGGUUUGAUCUUCUUGCAGUCUAUGGGACUCUCAAGAGUCUCCUCCAGCACCAUAAUUCAAAAGCAUCAAUUCUUCAGCGAUCAGCCUUCUUUAUGGUCCAGCUCUCACUUCCAUACAUCACUAAAACAUUACAUAAAGUAGAGGUAUUCCUGGGGGCCACACGCCAGAAGUGGUCUGGGCCCGAUCUGUAGGUGCGACUCGUACAAUAGGUUAUGCUACCCUCGUGCAAAAGUCGGAGGUUUCUGCAGAGGCGCGCAAACCACCGCAUCUCGCCAUCCUCCUUCCAGGCAAGCAAGGGGCAUUAUGGCAGCUCAAGUGCGCAUUCCAACCAGGAAAAAGCACACAAGGAGCUUGUGCCCUGGAGAGAGUUCUGGGGGACAAAUAGAGUGGCUUGGAAGGCCAUAUUUGGCAUCCCAAUACCAUACAGUGGUACCUCGGGUUACAGAUGCUUCAGGUUACAGACGCUUCAGGUUAUAGGCUCCGCUAAUCCAGAAAUAGUACCUUGGGUUAAGAACUUUGUUUCAGGAUGAGAACAGAAAUCGUGCGGCGGCAGCGUGGUGGUGGAAGGUGGCCCCAUUAGCUAAAGCGGCACCUCAGAUUAAGAACAGUUUCAGGUUAAGAACGGACCUCCAGAACGAAUUAUGUUUUUAACCCGAGGUACAUAAAGAAGGCUGAUAAUUGAAGAAUUGAUGCUUUUGAAUUAUGGUGCUGGAGGAGACUCUUGAGAGUCCCAUGGACUGAUAGAAGAUCAAACCUAUCCAUUCUUAAGGAAAUCAGCCCUGAGUGCUCACUGGAAGGACAGAUCCUGAAGCUGAGGCUCCAAUACUUUGGCCACCUCAUGAGAAGAGAAGACUUCCUGGAAAAGACCCUGAUGUUGGGAAAGAUAGAGGGCACAAGGAGAAGGGGACGACAGAGGAUGAGAUGGUUGGAUGGUGUUCUCGAAGCUACCAGCAUGAGUUUGACCAAACUGCGGGAGGCAGUGGAGGACAGAAGUGCCUGGCGUGCUCUGGUCCAUGGGGUCACGAAGAGUUGGACAUGACUAAACGACUAAACAACCACACCACUGUAUUCUGCACAAUUUCUGCUCUUCUGUGGCCCUGAUUGUUCAUGACGCUUCCUUCUAUGUAUGUGUGUUUGUCCUGCAGUGCAAGUGGAGAGGCGCAUGUCUUCAAGUACCGCCACUAUGUAGAGCCUCCGCCGGCCCAUCAGAUAAAGGGGGAAGUGCUCAGUGCACUCAUGUGGUUCUGGAUCCUGUGGAACUUCUGGCAUGAUCCUGAUGUUGUGCUGGUGAGAGCUUGAAUGGGCUGGGAAAGACUAUAGAGCAGUAGCAUCAGGGUUAUCUUCUCUAGUGAGGUGAAGAAGUAUUGAAUGUGAUUGAAAAAUAAUGUCCCAUUACCUAGCUGUGUGCACGAGAUAGAUAGAUUUGAGAUUACUGUACAGAAAAAGCCUGCUGCUGAGAAGAUCAUAAAGAAGGUUCCAGUCAGGCCUCUCUAGGGAAGAUAUUUCAUAGAUGGGGUGUUAGCUCCAGGAAGAGUCAUUUCCUAAUAGCCACCCUCUUUGCUUCCCUUGGGGACACACAGAGCAGGGCCUCUGAAGAGCAUCUUGGUAUAUAUUGGAGGGUAUAUUUCAGGUGACCUGGCUUCAAACCAUUACGGGCUCUAAAGGUUAAGAUUGGCAUUUUAAAUUGGGUUUGGAAACUGACUGGAAGCCACUACAUUUGAUAUAGCACAGGUGUAAUAUGAUUGAAAGACCAAGUCCUAGGUAACGAUAUUGUGGCCCUAUUUUGGAACAUCUGGUUUCAGAACCGUUUUUAAAGGCUACUGCUGAAGAGAGGUUACAUAAAAGUCUUUUAAGUACACCUAAAGUACUCCUGGCUUAAAGCUUUACUCAUUAGCUGAGACUCUUGUAGUUAUAUCUGUCUCUUUACAUAGAAGCCAGUGUGUUCGGCAGACUUUGUCCCAAAACACAUUUCUGUAUCUUUGCUGGUGUAAAGUGUUCAAUCAUUUCUUUUCCCCCCCUCAUCCGACACAGGGUCACUUUCCUUAUCCAGAUGCUUCUCAGUGGACAGAUGAAGAGCUGGGAAUCCCUCCUGAUGAUGAAGAAUAACUUGAAUAGUUUGUUCUAAGCAAGUUUAGGUAUGAUGGCACUUCUACAUGAUGUUCUACAUGACUAUCACUUCCUAGGCUAAACUAAUGAAGUGGCUCUGGAAUACUGCCACUUAUCCCCUUCAUACCCAUUCCCAGUUACAGUAUAAGCAUGUUUGAGGUACAUGUCAUUGUACUUUCCCACUUUUAUCUCUGUUUUCCCCAUUAUCCAUUUUAGGUUCCUGGCCCCCCAGGAACUCACAAACGAUUUGCUUUUCUCCAGAUCCAAGAUGUUAUGUAAACUGAUGGUGCUGUCUUAGAUUAACAAAUUAGUUUUCACUUAUGGUAGAAAUUGACUGGCAAUUAAUGAAGCUAUGUGAAGGUUGUAGAGCAGACAUUGGGUCAUUUCCAAUACAGCUGUUCUGCUACUGCAGAUGUGCAUUUGCACAACAGAAUUUCCCAUUCAUCUCUCCAGCCCCCUGCACACCCUCAAAGUCCAUCUCAGGAGCAGAUUUUGAGGUGUGCAGGGAAGUCCUACUGUGUGAACAGAACUCUGCAUGUGCAGCACUGAAUACCACUCCCCCCCCCAACCAUGCAGUUGAAAUAUUAAUCUUUCCCAUUUUCUAUAUUGAAAAAUCAGCCAGAAACUUCAGUGUGGCAAGAUGCGCUUGCCUUGUUCACGGCCUAUUUUUCUUGUUUCUAGUUAUUAAGAUUUGUGCACUUUGAAGCAAAUCAGCCCAACUAACCAUCUGUCCUUACCGCUUGCAGGCUCCUGGGAGAUCUACAAAUGGCUUCAUUUUACAGAGACUUUAAUUCAGGUUGUAAAUAAAAUUAACUAACCAGAUCACAGCUGUUUGAGGAAGUGCUGGUGUUUUCAAACCAGGGUGGGGGUGUGUGUUUACAACGUAUUGUAUCUUAAAACUCAUGUGCAUUUGGUACUAGAACUUCAAUUGUGUGCAAGUCCUGACUUCCAUAUAUACCUUCUAGCUAAUAACAGUCAGAACUAAGGGUCUGCUGCGGCUUAGUGUGGCUACAUGUUCUCUUUCAGAAACACUUAUUUAGGGGUAUACCCUUGCUAAGAGUUCAGUGCUUUAAACAGUGUUUGACUAGGAAAUGGAUUGUACAGAGGAAGCAGCCUUAUACCAAGUUGUACUAUCAGCCCAUCUUGUUCAGUAUUGUUUACACUGCCUGGCCAUGGCUCUCCAGGGUUUCAGGCCGGAGUCCCUUCCAACCCUACCUGGCGAUGCCAGGGAUUGGGCCUUUCUGCACGCAAAAAAAUAGGUGUUCUACCACUGGGCCAUGGUCCUUCCCAUGUAGAGCAAAGCCAUUUGGUUACACAUGAGGUGUUUGCAUCUUGCUUCUCACCUGCACUCUUCAGCUGCAGCUGAGCUAUAUACAGUUGAGAGCAGUACUGGGUCCUGCGUGUUAAGGAUACAGACAAGUUCAAACAUGUUUAUAAGUAUGGAAAACAAUUCUUGUGAAGAAAGAUGGAAGAAACUGGGUACAGGUAGCUUGGAGAAGAGAUUCACUAUGUUCCAGCACCUACUAAAAACUCCUUUGUGCUCAGCUUUUGCUGACCAUUGCAUACAGAUUUGCUGUUAACAGCUAUCCCAAAUUAAUUUUUGUCCUGACUUUAGUAAACACUGCUGAAUUUACAUGAAUGUAUUUUCAGUUACUUUCGUUGUAAGACAAUAUGCGAUGAUUUUAUGAAAGGUGCUAUAGAAUACUUAAAAUAAGACAGGUAGGUAGAAUAUAAUUGCCCUCUUCAGACUUCGGCUUUUACAUGUUCUCCGCUGCCACAAAUAGCAGAACUAGAUCCAAUGGGCUGAAGUUACAGGAGUAUAAAUCUCAGUUGGACAUCUGAAUUAUCCUCUUGAUGGUAACAGCAAUUUGAUAAUGGAAGCAGGGAGCUAGAGGGGUGAUGGACUUGCCCUCAAUUGAAGGUCUUCAAAGCAGAGGUUGGACAGCCAUCUGUUGGAGAUGCUCUAGCUCUGAGUUUCCUGGAGAGUAAAGCAAAUGAGGGGAACCUUUGGCUCUCUGGAUGGUAGUCAAAACUACCAUCAUCCCUGGCCAUUGGCCACACUUGAUAGCACUGAUAGAAGCUGUAGUUCACCAACACCUGGAAGAACAAAGCUUCUCCACUCCUGGAGUAAGAGGUUGGACUAGGUGGCUUACAAGGACCCAUCCAAUUCUGAUUUCAACUGUGAAUUAGCCCCCUUUAUUAACACUCUUACACAGACUCCAUGCAGUCAAUCUUUAUUAUAGCAGUAUUCACAUCAAAUACAUAGAACUUUUUAACUUUUUAUAUAAUACAGAGUUCUUUAAAUAACUUUACACAAAUAGUUCUUCAAUCUCUGUUUUCAGCUAUCAAACUUUAGUUUAUGUCUCCAUGCUUUCUAAACCAAACUGGACAAUAUUUCCCACUGUACAAAUUUACAUGAGAGAAAAAAGCUCCAAAAUACAAAUGAAGGGAGUUUAGGCUAAGGGGUUAAACAUGGGAGGAAAACAACCGAAAUUAAUCUGUGUCAGCAUUUACAGUGAAUAACAGGGGAGAAGGAAAAAAACUGGAGGCAGGGAGGAAAAGCUGCAGUGAUCCAUGAGACAGAAAGCUGAAAAUAAACAUUUUCCUAUGAGUUUAGAAAUACAGGCCUUUAAACAUUUAGUUACUCCAUUGUCAUUUUAAAAAAGUAAGCUAUGGAUAUCAAUUGUCUUCUGAAGAAAGAACAGACUUUAAAAAUUGCAGACUUGUGGAGGCUCAAAACAUCUUGUGGCAAAUACAGCUUCAAGGAAUGCUGGGUUGGGAUAUGAAUUUCACUGCACUAAUUAAAAACACUAUACACAUUUUUCCUUUCUAGAGUAACUGUUUAAACAUUUUUUUUGUCAUCUGACUUGCGCAAUCACUUCCAUUGGGUCUAACUGUACAGUGCUUAGGGUUGGCAAGUUCUACUCGAAAGACUCUGCCCAUCACUAUAAAGGUGGGGAGCACACAAUGACAGCAAGUUUAUACCAGUGGCAGCUCCCCCUGCCCCACAAUGCAUCAACAGUCUCAUCUGUCUUUACACCAAGUAUGAUUGCAGGGGAUAACUAGAGUCCUGGUUGCUAUAGUAGAGAAAGAUGGGUAUAGGGGCCAUUAAAAGCAACAACCUUACGAACUGCCUAUUCCCUUGCAACAACCAAACCCUUGAAGUUGUUUGCGGGUAGGCACCUGUUAGUUCUUAGUGUUACAAUGAAAUAACAGAUUGGAAUGCUAUUGUUGAAGGAAUGGAGAGAAUGAUCAACUACAGUGCAUUUUCCCAAUCUCAUUGGAAAGUAGUAGUGUGGUCUAGGAGAAAAAGGACAGCACAUGUAACCAAAUGUGGUUAUAAAAUCUAAAGGAAAUGGGAGCAAUGAAAGGAAAAGCCUGUGUGUAUUUCAGAGAGAAUAGAAAGCAAGGAUGUUGACUACUGUUUUCAGCUGCUUAGAAACAACUGUUUUGCCCUUCACUGGUCCCUAGUAGCCAGGAGAGGUGCUGGUUACAUAAACUUCCGACUCAGGCUAGAAGGGCUAUUGCAGUCCAGUGGAUGGGCAAGCAAUGCUCAGCUUUCAAUUGGCACUCCGUUCUUCGGUCACAAUAUACUCCCAUGUGCUCCCUACUCAAAAUGCAGGGUGCCGUGAGCUUGGAGCAAAAUAAGCAUUGGCCAACAUCAGUCACAUGGCAAGGGAAUUAUUUUGUGAGAAUGAAACGGGUGAAAUUGCUGUCGGGUCAAUUAUAACAGAAUUCUAGCAAACUGCAGGUCUACGUUAUGAAAAAGAAGGCUGGGGCAAGGGUGAGCUUCUGUUUGGUCAUUGUGUAAACUGAACAUGGGAACCUGCCCAAGCUUUGGGGGUUGGGGCUAAAUCUACGGGAUACAUGCAAGCUGGUCACUGCCCAAUUUUAGUCACAGGAAGGAGUGAGGAAGGAGGAGAAUCUGGAAGGAAUGAGGUGUGUUUCUUUGAACCUUUCACAGCUUUGAAUUUCAAAGUACAUUUAUUGCACUUAGGUUUUUUUAUUUUUUAUUUAAUCAUUUAAAUCAAAAGUUACUCAGACUCGGCCCUAUACUCUUAACCUAAACAACAAUUCCCACAUUUCCCCUCCCCUCCCUGCAUUGGUCCAUUUUAUCCUCCUACUUCAAUACAUGCCUAAAUGAAUGCUUGCCCUUCCAGCCUCCAACCCUCCCCUGCCCACAAGCCUGUAGGUCCUAACGCUCUUGUUGGAAUCCCGCAAACAGCAUAAAACAAGUAGAAGGGUAUUAACUAGGCAGAGCACAAGUGAAGGACAAUACCUUAGAUGUCAAAAAGAAACAAACCCCCCAGACAAAUCCAUAAUCCGAAAAAUGGCACAGUCUCCCGCUCUGCAUUUCCCUAGCUCAGAAAGGGGGAGGUAGAGUAAUUCUGUUCAAUUACGGUUCCAAGGUAAUUGCAGAAAGAGUACAUAUCAGAGGCUGAAUGGAACAGAUGGAUAUUGCUUUGGCAAUUGCAAAAUAAAUGCCUAGAAAGUUUCAGAAUGCUCUCAAACCCACCCCAGCUGCCAAAAACGGGGUCUGAAAUAGACAACUAAAGCAGCAACCCUGUACAUGUCUACCUCUGAGUAAACAGUAGGACUCGCUUCCGUGUAAUUAUGCAUAUGAUUGUGUUGCAUGAGACAUUUUUUUUUGGAGGGGUGGAAUGGGCCACAGCUCAGUGGUGCAGUACAUGCUAAGCAGGCAGGAAGUCCAGGGUUCAAUUGCAGAAUCCCUUGCUGCAAGUUUUGGAGAAUUCUUGGACGGCUGGCUGCCAGUCAGACUGGACUAUUCUUGCUAAGACAGACAAAAUGUUCUGACUCACUGUCAAGCAGCUUUGUGUGUUAUUAUUAUCAUCCAUGUGCUCUUUUAAGAAAGAGACCUAUCUCAGGGCUAUCUGGGCUUUUGCGUUUCUAUCCUAAUUCAUACACUUAAUGUCGUUUCUACAUAAAUCAUAAUAGCGGGCCAAGAACCUAAAGGGUAGGAAAGAAACUGAAAAAGUCAGUUCAAAAUCCAACCCAUACUUUUUUCCUAGGCAGGUGAAUGGAAGACAGCAUCACUAUGGAAGAUACAACUUCAGCACUUUAGUCCAUUGACUGCUUCUCUGCUAUUUAUCCAUGAUCUUUCAACUUAAAUGCCACACAAAACUGGGAAGCCUGAAGAAGAUCGGACACCUCUCUCAAUCAGAGAAAAGGGUCUUGGCAAUCCUGGGUUGUAAUCCUGUUUAUGGUUACAAGCAUAACCACCCCCUCCUUUUCCAGUAAUAUUAGCAAUCAAAUAGCCCCCCCCCCCAGUUACAGUAAAGUCUCAAAAAAGAUACUCUUCUUCACCUUCAUGCUACAAUUCCUUUUAUAAAAAUGGUUGGGCUCUCAGAAGAAGCAAUGGUGUCUCCAUUUUUUACCUCCUUUACAAAUGCCAUCGGUUCUUUUUAUAUAAUUAGUUUAAGGUGUGUUUUUUUCCAACUCAACAACAUAUGGGGGUGUUGGGGAGAGAACACUUGCACUUGGAAACACAAGAUACGUGUUCUUCUUACCAGAAAAAGCUCAACUGAGAUAAAAUGACGUUUAUGCUGCAGGUCUGCUAGCGCCAUUUGUUUCAGUGGUCAGGAGACCCUGUUCCACCCACAUUUGAAAAUGGAAGAAAUGCAAAGCCACUGCUCUAGUUAGAUAAAGCACCUACACAGGUAUCUCUAGAAUUUCUCUCAAAGUCACAAAAGGCACAGAUCAUUUGGCAAAUUGCAAUUUCGUAUCUCAAAGCUAACCUAGCCAAAGUUGGUUCAGAGUGAAUCCAGAACAGAGUCCCGCAAGGCUCAAUGGGUUCAUUCCCUUCAGGCAAGAUUUUUCCUUUUCCAAUGGACGGAAAGUUACUUAGCUACAGUACUAUGAACUGUCUGUGCUACACAUGCUGCACUCGUGGUCCAAAAAGCAAUUCAGUGUAACACGCCUGCAAACACAUACCCAAUGCCAGAACGCUUUCACUGAGCCUUCUGCUACAAAACCCCCCAAACCAAACCAGAAGCAACUGCUCCCUCACAGAAGAUCAAAAUGUAACAAUGUUUCACAGUGGAAAUUACAGUAUAAGAAUGCUCUUCACAAAGAGUAGCAGACACUUAUAGCAGGUAUGAGCAGGGUGUAGGUUAAGGUGGAUCUUAAACUAGGUUUCGGUCAACUGCUGCCCAUACUGUCUCCCAGCAUCGAAAAAAUCCCCCAAACAAGCCUGGCGGCGAAGCAACAAACUGCACUGAAAACAACUUUUGCAUAAAUAUUCCCAGUGCCAAUGCAAGGAUGGUGCCAAUGUACGUGCCAUGCCAGUACGAAGAUGGCAUCAAGUCUCAUGUGUGCAUUUUUGCCUUCUUUGUUGAGGAAUAUAGCAGUUAGACCAUGGGGCAACAGUGUAAGAAAAAACAAACCCACUGUUGGAGCCUACCUACCUAUCUUUUCAGGAGAGCUCAAGGCGGCUUCUUCAUUUUCAAAUUUAAGGGCAAUUUCAAGCAAGUGAGAGCACAGAAUUAAAGUGACCUGCACUAUGUUUUAUCAGAUUAUGGUGACUCAGGAAGGAGAAAAAGGAAGCUUCAGCAUAAAUGUCCUACUGAAACAGCAGCCAAAUGACUUACAGUAUGUUCAGAUGCAAGUGGAGAAAAGUCAAAGCGUAUGUAGCUCAUUCUAAAGUGCUUUGUGGGAACAAGACCCUUUUCCUACCGCUUUAUCUAUAUAUUUUUAUUAUUAAAAAUAAAAAAGCUUGCUGCACAUGAAUGAAUAACGAAGUUGUAAUACAAUCAAGCCAGGAUACACACACACAUUCCACAUUCUAUAAGCCCAAAGAGAAUUGUGUAUUUUCAGCUAGUUUUUCCAAUGGUAAGGAUAGAACUUAGCAGAAUUUGGUCUCCCAUAAAUGAUUCAAAAUUUGGCAGAGAAGCAGGGCUGGCCUUAGCACUAGCAGACCUUAGAAGGGCAGCAUAUUUGGAGAGCAGCAAAGGGGCUGUUGCUUCCCCAUGUUGCUUCAGGGCACUUCUUAUUAGUGUUCAGGGACAAUGAAAGCUGGGAUAGGCCUUGUUUGCACGUCACCUUGAAACAUAGUUUAAACAAAACAAUGAUUUUAAGUUAAGGAGCAAUAUGCUGGAAUACAGCAGCUCACAAGAUCCCCACAGGCUCUUGCUGUUCCUUCCUUCAGUGCUCUGGGAAGGAAACAGAACAGACACUGGCUUGCCACUAUGUGUGAACUGGAACUUACUGUUUAAUUUACUCCUAACAAAGUAUGAUGGUAAGUCAAGAAGAAAACUUGGCUUACCAUCAUGGCCUGUUAGCCACGAUGUCAAGGAGAUAAAGAUGUCAAGGAGAUUUAAAAAACUGCACAACUUUUAGAAGACAUCUGAAGGCAGCCCUCUAAUGGGAGGUUUUUAAUGUUUGACGUUUUAUUGUAUUUUUAUAAUUUGCUGGAAUCCACUCAGAGUGGCUGGGGAAACCCAGCUAGAUGGGCAGGGUAUGUUGUUGUGGGUAUGUUGUUGUUUGGUAUGUUUCUUCCCCAGUAUGCUGAAAAAGGCAGGGGAGGAGAGAAGCAUGGUCUUUUGAGCAUAAGGGAAGGGCCAUACCUCAGUGGCAGAGCACCUAUUUUGCAGGCAAGUCUUGGUUAGGAACAUCCUGCAUCUGAAAUCCCGGAGAGCCCUUGCCAGUCAGUGCAUCAAAAAUACUGAGCAAAGGGACCAACAGUCUGGCUCGGUUUGAGGCAGACUUGGUAUACAAGUAUGGUUUCAUGUGAUAUGCAAAACGUGCCAAUGGCUGCAAACAUCAGGAGGAAGAGGAAAGGGUGGGCCAACUGUGAAGUGCAAUGGAUUGGCCAGCAGUCAACAUUCGAGCUGUAAUUUGGGGGGGGGGGGGGAGGGAAGAGGCAUCAGAGUGACUGGUUGCUCUGAAGAAAACUACAGUGGUACCUCUGGAUGCGAACAGGAUCCAUUUCAGAGCCCCGUUCGCAUCAUGAGCAGAACGCAACCCGCGUCUAUGCAUGCGCGUGACGUCAUUCUGAGCGUCUGCGCAUGCGGUGAAACCUGGAAGUAACCCGUUCCGUUACUUACGGGUCGCCGCAGGAUGCAACCUGAAAAGAUUUAACCCCAAGUGACUUUAACCCGAGGUAUGACUGUAGGGGCAUGAAAGAUGUCACAUGCUCAACAAGUAUCAGGCUAGGUAGAAGGGGCAACAGAACUACAAGACUGUGGAGAACAAGUGGAAAUGCCAGAGGAUUCUAAGGUUUCGCCUAGGCUAGUGCUGGAAUAUCCCCACCUCCUAAACAGCAGCAACAGACCUCUAAAAGCCCUAACAACCUGGAUGCUUAGGCAUUUUCUAAAUCUGAUCUAGAACACUUGCACAUCAGAAAGUUAAGCACUAUAACCUGCAUGUGGGAAACCCACAUUCUCUUUCUUUCAACUACCAAACAUCUCUAAAUGGCCCAUUCUUCCAUGGUGAUGUUUGCCAGCACUCAGGUCCCGAGAAACAAAAAUGAGGUUUACUAAUGUAGGAAAAUUCUACAGCCAAAAAGUAUGGGAAGCAGAUGGUGCCUUCACUCCCCACCAAUUAGGAGGUGGGCGGACUAAAUGUUCCCUGGCAGAAAUUUGCACUGAUUUGUGUUGGAUUUAUGGGUGUGCUUGCAUAUUCACUGCCCCAUUACCCCAAUGCGAUUUGGAAUGUACAGGUCUCAAAGAGCUACUGCUUGGUUUUUAUUUGUCUUGCAUGGUUUUAAGAUGAUAGGAGAUGUCUUGCUAUUUUCCUCUUUUAAUGCCAGUAGUAGCAUACUCCAAGUGUCUCUGUGCAUUGUAGUGCGCACACACACGAGCAAUUGCAAGGAUCUCCUAUGUUCAUCUCUGUAACAGACCUCUCGCCGCUGCAGGUUCAGCGGUUGGGUGGUGGCAGUAGUGGUAAGAAGAGGCAAGGUAAGUCUGGAAGAAUGGUCCAUAUUCAGAAAGUUUGAGAAACACUGCUCUCAAACCAAAUCUGCACACCAACACACACAAAGACAGCUGAGAAAAGCACAGCAAACCAAAAUUGUGCUUUUCUGGUUUAGAGUUAUCGUAGGUCUGGCACACUCUUUGUAUGCCCACACAAGCUGCUUUAUUCUCAUUACACUGCCCACAUCCACUGGAAUUCUCUCUAGCACAACCAGCCGCAGAAGUGAAAAGGAACUGCCCAAGAACUUCCAUAGCUUCAGUAGCACUUGUGCAGAGAAAGCAUGAAAUGUGACUCAGUGACUUCUAACCACUUGCUAUUGCUACCUGGAUUAUACCCCAUAUUUCAGUUGUUUCUUGGUCUAAUUUCUGUUAAGCACCCUGGUGCUCAACAAGAUUUAACAAUCCAAUGAAAUGACACUUGUGUGGUUUUGAAGAACAAGGGCCACAACAGGGUAUGCUUGCUUUCCAUGAACAUACCUUCUUUCCGAGAAAGACAGUUCCCUUUCUCUUAGCUUUCCUAAAAACAGAGCUGAGGUAUUUAUCAAUCACUGCUUAAACUCUCUCAUCAGAUGACCAGCUUCCACUAGAAAUGUUUAGUGAAGGAGAGGUUGUCUCCAGCCUCCUAUCUUCUGGAACUGGGCAAAAAUGCACUAAAUGUCAAGGCUUCGGUGGACGCUGAGCUUUCUAGUGGCAUCUAAGUUGCCUCUUUAACAAAAAUAAAUAAAAUAAAAAUAAAUCUAUGUUAUAUUAAUCAACACAGCAAAGAAUUCUGCUAACUGAUUCUGAUUCCAAACUAGAGGUAACUUUGACCCCCCCCUCCUUUUCUGGAUAAAAAUAAGAAUUAGGACCCAUUUUGCAAAUGAGGUUAAGAGGAAGACAAAAAGAGAAAACAAAAUGCAAUCGCCACCAUUUUUAAGCCACAAGACAUAGGGCAAGAAAAGGAGUGACAUAGAAAAAGUUGGGGAUAGGCAAACAGUGAGCGAAGAUGUCAAUGUUGAUCCAGCAAGUACCAUUUCUUAACAAAACCUUCCUAGCAGACUGCCAUUUAAGACAACUUACUGCAUAUUAAAACAUACACACACUUGCUGAGUUUGCAGAUUUAACACGUUUUAAAGUUCUUUUUCAAAAAGUACCAAAGCACAAUUUUUGGAAUGUGUAAUUCUUUCAGAGAGGGGCUGCGGAUGGGUUUUCCUUUUUAAAACAUAUUCAGUUCAACCUGAGAACUCCCGUUUAUGAAACAUUAGGUACCUGACAUUAUCUUGCACCUUUUAAAAUAGGUACAUUUGUUUUUCAUAGUCUGCAUUAGACUUUUUGGACACCCCCCCAAAAAGGCAACACACAAACAUACAGAGUGAAAUGAUAUCAGCAAAAAAUGAAAAGAAGCUACGUGUUUUAACACUUUGAUGUAAUUUUGUGAAAACGUUUGUUGCUGGACUGACGAGAGGGGGGGAAAAAGCCUCCCAACCCUUUCUGAAAGUGUACAAAAAGGAAAGAUAGGGGAAAGGGUGGCUCUGAACAAGAGAUAAAAGCAAUUCUGGAAAGAGAAGGCGCAGCAUCCCCUUUUCCUUCAAAUUAAUCCUUUCUCAGACUCCCCCUUCCACAUAUCUGCCAAUUUGGCCAUGUUCCUGUUGUCGCGUUUUUUACCCGAAAGAGCAGGUGCUCCUUCAGCUGAAAAGGAUAUACUGCAUUUAUCCCACUGAUUGGUAAGCACACCAGGAAAAGAAAAGACCACACAUAACCCUAGGAAAAAAAUAAAUCAGACCCGAGGAUGAUUGUUUGGAUUAGCUCUGUCUCGUCAGAUGUUCAGCCUUUGAUAACUCGUUGUUAGAGGGAGAAAGCCGACCAGCAGACCAUCCCAAGCCAAUGAUGCAGUAGGAGUUCCAAUCUCAUCAUGCCAGAGCACCAGAAAGUCAAAGCACGAGCCCUCCUCUCUCCUGGGAAUGAUGCCAAUGGAACAGGCAGCCACAGGGUGGGGGAAGGGGGUCUCCAAAUGCACAUGGCGUUUAGACUGGAGGUGAACAUACAGGCAGCAUAGAUUCUGGUUCCUAACAAGGGAUUUUCCCUUCCCACCCAAAGUUGGAUUGGUAAUUCCAUUCUGCUCUCCUCUAAGCGUACAGAUCUCUUUCCUCUAAAUUUCCUUUUCCUUUCCUUUUUUUUUUUUUUUUUUUGAGGGGCAGAAGAGAGUCUGGAUGUUAUAAAAAGAAACCGUAGGAACACAAGACUUUUUUUUUAAAAAAAAUGAGAGAGUGGAUUUGCUGCCAAUGUUGCCGUGGCUACUUGAACGCUGCAAAUUCGCCUGUAGAGGGAGGACAAGAGCUGAGUUUAAAAAGUUGGGUUUCAUUCAUCAGCAAGACAGAAAUGUUAUCCAGCAUAAAUUUGACACUAUAUACCGGGUGCAGCAGGUUAGGAGAAAUGCAAUUGUUAAUAAUUAAAUGUACAGAAGGAUAUCAUUGGCAGAGACAGAAGACAAAGUUACUUUCCCCAAAUUUCUUAACUAUGGGUUUCCAAAAAGCAAACUUGGACCAUAUGGCAGGGUAUUAAGAGCCCGCAUACUCUCAUGAAGAAUGUGCAAAUGUAAAGUUUUAUCAUCAUUCACAUUUCUAAGAUUAUUCUCAACAUGUUUUACACAAUGGCAGCUGCUCUCUUGGGGUCAAAAAAGCAAGGAUUUAUCGGCAUGGCUCUCUGCUCUCCAAACCCCCAUAGUGAUUUAGG